AUGAAGCCAUGCAUGUUCGUGACCGGCAACCCCAACAAGGUGAUCGAGGUCAACGCUAUCCUUGGUGAAGCAGUGCCCGUUCAAUCCCUUGACUUGGAUAUUCCCGAGAUUCAAGGGACUCUGGAAGAAAUCGCGACCGAGAAAUGUCGACGCGCCGCUGAGAUCAUCAACGGACCGGUAUUGGUUGAAGACUCGGCCUUGGAGUUUAAUGCAAUGAAAGGGCUGCCAGGUCCCUACAUAAAAUACUUCCUUGAGUCGUUGGGAAACGACGGUCUCAAUAAACUCCUGUUCGCCUACGAGGACAAAAGUGCAGAAGCUGUAUGCACGUUUGCUUAUUCUUCGGGGCCAACAAUGGAGCCACUGGUCUUUCAAGGCAGACUGGAGGGCAAAAUUGUACCUGCGCGUGGUCCACCCAGGUUUGGUUGGGAGCCGAUUUUCGAGCACGAGGGAGAGACAUUAGCUGAGAUGGAGCACGACAAAAAGAAUGCACUCUCGCACCGAUACCAGGCACUGCACAAGUUCCAGCAGUGGCUGGCUCAGGGCGAUAACCGAUCAUUAUAUUUCGAAAGCAAAUAA